GUGACCAAAUCAAACGCACCUUCGCGAAACCAGGAAAUGGGAGGUGUCACGUGACCGUGUUUACUUCAAAUGAGCCCGAAUAAACUUCUGCUUCGGAGCUACAAAUGUUUCAUCUUUGACGAGCGCGGCCGCGGACAGGUGAGCAGCUGAUAAAGAUGAGCAUCUUUCAAGACCGAGCACAACAACUGGUGGCUGCCUAUGGUCGCACGUUGGAGCAGCAGAUGGUGAAGCGAGGCUCCUACCUGGCGUGUGGAGACGAGGAGCUGUGGAAGCAGGUAGAAGCGUUGCUGAGGGAGGACAAUGCUUCGCAAACACACUGCUUGGGUGUGGAUGUUCUGAAGGUGAUGGAGGAGUCACUGAAAACAAAGACUCCAAGAGCAGGCAGCGCCAAACAAGUAAGAGCAAGAGGAGGUCUGCAAGGUCUGAAUAAAGCUUUUGAGGUUCUGGAACAAGCUGCUCUAAACCUCUACCUCGGACCCUGGAGGGAGGAGUACAAGGAAGUCAAGAUGUACUCGGGCAUGUUCACACACUACAUCAAACCCGUGCUGUCCGCCACACAAAUCGAGAAACUUUUCGGUUUGCUGGGAUAUCAGUACUCGACGCGGCGGGAGCAGCUCCGGCUCCAGUCCCUCAGAGUCAGCCCGGACAUUUUGGACAAUCUUCUCCACCUGUCCUGCGCCUUCUUCCUGGCCCGCUGCGAGUGCCGCCUCCUCCUGGCAGCCCUGGAGAAUGACGGCGGUGACGCCCAGUGGGAGCUGUGUGUGGUCAGAGAGAGGCACCGGGGACACAGCCUCAAGGUUGCGCUGGACAACACAAAGAGGAUGAUGGGAGUCAAGCAGCCGCUGAUGGAGUCUGAUGCAGAGUCCGAAGUGGAUCUGUACACAGACGAGCAGGUUAACCAGGGCCAGAGGGUGCUGGUUGUCCGCGAUGACGACAGUUCGCAAAAGCCGGCGUGGGACGUCGGCAACAGCGGAUCUUUGUCCUUCCAAGCCGCGGGAGAUCGAUCUUGCGUUUCAGCACUCAAAUGCCAGCUCAGCAGUAAGUUCGAAGCAGAAGCAGGCGGCGGCUCCUUAGUUAGUGUGAGGCGACACUUGUCUGCUGGUGAGGAGUCUGUUGAUGCAGAGUUCCAACCCCGCAGUCUACAAGUUGGUAUGACCGAGGCGGAGAGGGGCAACAUUUGCAGUUGCCUCCGAUCCCCUCGCUUCUACCUCAACGAGUGCAUUGAGUGCAACGCUCACCAUGACGCCUCCUGUGCUGUGCUCCGGCGUUGCUCCCAAGCAGGCCACCAGCUGCGGCCCUUUGUCACCAUAAAGGAAUCGACCGCGCCUCCAAGCCACAACACCAGAACCCCAGAGCUAGUCUUCAGCGGCAGCAGUGCCGACAUGGCGGCUUUAUCUCUGAGCGACAAGCCCAAGUCUCUGAGCAUCAGCCCUCUUCCUAUCAGCUACCACGAUUGCUGCAACGGCAGCACCCGCGACCCUGCGGUCGCAUGUCUCACCUGCCGUCUUUUCCACAAAGCGUCUUGCAAAGACGUCAACUCGUGCCAAACUCAGCACUCGCUGAAACAUCUGGGUCUGUGCGCCUGUGGGAGAACGUGCUCCAGGAAGCCAAUGGUUCUGUGCUGUUACUGCGGGAACGAGUUCUGUAAAGACUGCUGGUACUUAAAUCCUUGCAUCUGCACCUGCGGCCAAACGUUGGAACCGUCGUCGUCUGUGUGAUUAGUUUUAAACAGCUUUGGUAUUGUGCCUUCAAUGCCCUUAAAUGUUGCCUUUUUUUUUCGAAAAAACAAAUGCAGUGUGAUGUUAUUUUAUGUUUAUACUUACAUUUUUAACACAACUGAAGUCUUUGAAUGGACUUUUUUUAAAUAUAUAUAAAACUGUUGGGAUGUCUGCUUAGUCACAGUUUGUAAAAUGUCUUGUUCUCGUCUGAAAACAAGUUAAUUGUAUUAAAUGCAAAGUUUAAAUGGGAAACUACUUGAUUAUAUGUUUAAUAAAAUCACAAGCACAUACAGUAUAAAAUAUCUGAAAUUGCCUGUUAGUCCAGUCACACCAAGGCUGCAUCUCAAAUGAGAUGCAGCCUUGUGAUCAAAAGUAUUCAACCCCCACACAAUUUUGGUGUUUUAGCAAGUAGGACAUUUAUUCCGUAUUUUGUUUAUAGUCAUAUCAAAUAAAAAUGCAUUAAAUAGACAAAUGCAACUUGAAUUACAUUAUAUUUUGUAACAUACCAAACAGUGUCAUUUCUCUUAAUAUCUCAUUGACAAAAUUAUUCAACCCCUUGAGGAUCAUAACUCUUAAGAACAGAAUUUGAACAAGGUCUUUUCAAUCAGGUGUUGAAAACACCUGUAGAUGUGAUUAGAACCAUAACGAGCAACAAUUAAACUGAUUGAAAAAGACUGUGACGCUCAGCUUCUUGUAGAUGGUCAAUGGUGUAUUUGCAACAUGGUGAAGUCCAGGGAGUGGUCAAAGAAGUCAAGAGAGGAGGUAAUUUCUGUUCAUAAGAAAGGAUAUGGAUAUAAGAAAAUAGCAAAGACAUUACACAUUCCAAGAGACACAGUUGGAAGCAUAAUUCGCAAGUUUAAAGCUAAAGGCAGAGUGGAAAGAGGAUGCUGUCCGGUAUUUGAAACGUACAGUGGUGAAAAACCCCCGGGUAACAGCUGAUGAACUACAACAGGACAUUACAGAGGGGGGAACGCAGGUUUCGUCCCAGACAAUAAGGCGCGCACUACGAGAUGAAGGCCUCCAUGCCAGAACUCUCAGGCGCACCCCACUUCUGACUACCAGGCACAAGAAAAAUAGACUCCAGUAUGCCAAAAAUAAUCUGGACAAACCCCAAAGGUUGUGGGAAACCUUGGAACUCUUUGGGCCUAUGAAUCAACGUUAUGUCUGGAGGAGAAAAAAAUGAAGCUUACAAAGAGAAGAACACCUUGCCUACUGUUAAACAUGGUGGGGGGGUCAAUCAUGCUCUGGGACUGUUUCUCUGCCUCAGGUACCGGGAAUCUCCAGCGCGUUCAAGGCAUUAUGAAUUCUAUUUCCUACCAGGAUAUAUUAUCUGCAAAUGUCAUGAAGUCAGUGACGAAGCUGAGGCUUGGGAGACGUUGGACCUUCCAACAGGACAACGAUCCCAAGCAUACCUCCGAAUCAACAUCAGAGUGGUUGCAGAAGAAGGGCUGGAAGACUCUGGAGUGGCCUUCACAGUCGCCAGACCUAAAUCCUAUAGAAAAGCUGUGGUGGGACUUGAAGAAGGCAGUUGCAGCACGCAAGCCCAAGAAUAUGAAUGAACUGGAGGCCUUUGCCCAAGAGGAAUGGGCUAAAAUACCUGUAGAUGGUUGCAAGAAGCUUGUGUCCGGUUAUGUAUCACGUUUGAAGGAUGUCAUUACUGCCAAAGGGUGUUCUACUAAGUAUUAAAGAUGCAUGUAACUCGGGGGUUGAAUCAUUUUGUCACUGAAAUAUUAAGAAAAAUGUCCUUUUUUGGUAUUUUGUAAAAUACAGUUACAAUUUAAGUUGCAUUUGUCUAUUUCACACAUCUUUAUUUGAUAUGACUAUAAACAAAAUACGGAAUAAAUGUCCAACUUGCUAAAACACCAAAAUUGUGUGGGGGUUGAAUAAUUUUGAUCACAACUGUAUCAGUACACUUCAAUAAGUAUACUGUGCUGUGUAUUCAGGGCUGGAAUGGUUUGGAACUUUUCAGUUUGUGGUCACAAUAUCUGGUUCAGUAUGCUUUGUUUUUAACUGCCCACAAUACCAUCAAUCCACCAUUAGCAUUGUGUUUAAUCAAUGAUGUCAUGUAUAGUUACACAGCUGCCAACAUUUGGUGUUCGCAAUCCAGUAGAUCUGCUUCAUGCAUUUUUGUCUAAGCUUCAUACUUAGAAAAUAUUUAAAGUGUUGUGCUGUUGAGACUGUAAGGAUAGAUUGCAGAUGUUCCUUUGUGAGAUGGUUCCUGCGCUGAUUUUAAAGAUAAUAUACACAUUAUUUCACAAUCUAACAGUGGUGGGCCGUGCGUUGCUCACCUAGGCUUUCAGUGAUGUCCUAUUUAGUCUGACGUCACCUCUCAAAAUACCGUCAUUUAUGUCACCGCAUGGACAUGGCUGGAGAUACUAUACAGCAGGGGUCACCAACCUUUUUGAAACCAAGAGCUACUUCUUGGGUGCUGAUUAAUGCAAAGGGCUACUAGUUUGAUACACACUUAAAAAAAUGUUAGAAAUAGCCAAUUUGCUCAAUUUAUCUUUAAUAAAUACAUCUAUAUACCGGUAUUUAUAAAAAAAAUUGGUAUUUCUGUCAAUCAUUCUGUCGUACAUUUAAUUUUUUUCCUUUUACGGAAGGUUUUUUGUAGAGAAUAAAAGAUGAAAAAAAAAACCACUUAAUUGAACGGUUUAAAAGAGGAGAAAACAGGAAAAAAAAAUCAAAUUAAAUUGUGAAACAUUGUUUAUCUUUAAUUUCGAACCUUUGAAAUUCAACCAAAAAAAAGAAUAGAAAAACUAGCUAAUUCGAAUCUUUUUGAAAAAAUUUAAAAAAUAAUUUAUGGAACAUAAUUAGUAAUUUUUCCUGAUUAAGAUUAAUUUUAGAAUUUUGAUGACAUGGUUAAAAUCCAAUUUGCAUUUUGUUAGAAUAUAUAACAAAGUGGACCAAGCUAUAUUUCUAACAAAGACAAAUUAUUAUUUCUUCUAGAUUUUUCAGAACAAAAAUUUUAAAAGAAAUUCAAAAGACUUUGAAAUAAGAUUUAAAUUGGAUUCUAAAGAUUUUCUAGAUUUGCCAGAAUAAUUUUUUGGAAUUUUAAUCAUAAUAAGUUUGAAGAAAUAUUUCACAAAUAUCCUUUGUCGAAAAAACAGAUGCUAAAAUGAAGAAUUAAAUUAAAAUGUAUUUAUUAUUCUUUACAAUAAAAAAAAACAAAUUUACUUGAACAUUGAUUUAAAUUGUCAGGAAAGAAGAGGCAGGAAUUUAAAAGGUAAAAAAGGUAUAUGUGUUUGAAAAUCCUGAAAUCUUUAAGGUAUUUUUUCUCUAAAAUUGUCUUUCUGAAAGUUAUAAGAAGCAAAGUAAAAAAAUAAAUAAUUUUUUUUUAAACAAGUGAAGAUCAAGUCUUUAAAAUAUUUUCUUGGAUUUUCAAAUUCUACUUGAGUUUUGUCUCUCUUAGAAUUAAAAAUGUCGAGCAAAGCGAGACCAGCUUGCUAGUAAAUAAAUAAAAUGUAAAAAAUAGAGGCAGCUCACUGGUAAUUGCUGCUAUUUGAGCUAUUUUUAGAACAGGCCAGCGGGCGACAUCUGGUCCUUACGGGCGACAUGGUGCCCACGGGCACCGCGUUGGUGACCCCUGCUAUACAGAAACACAAUUGCACGCUACUGGGCAUUGAACCCACUCAACAGUAUACAAAACGGUCUAGUUUUUGGCGCAUUUAACAUUCCAUAAACCCGCUUCGGCAAUUAAAACAUAUCUUAUGUGGUGCUGUCAAAAUGAAAAGGAAUGUAUAAAACAAAUCAACUCGCAAUUUAUAGCACCCAUUCUACGCCGUAUAAGCCAGUGAUACAGUCGUGGUCAGUAGUUGGUCGUGUGAAAGUUGCGGGCAAACCAUUUUACUUUCGCUUCCGGUGUUGGCCGACCUCGUCUUACAAGAUGUAGUUUCUCUACAAUAUCCUUCUUGAAAAUGCCCUUGCAAAUAUAUAUCUGCCACCUAAUCAACAUUUUGCACUCCUUAGAUGAGUUUUCUAUGGCUCCGGUGCCACGUCCUGUUUUUGCAACUUGUGAUUGGAUACUCACUUGUGAGUCCAAAGUGAGUACCCAAUCACGGCGUAAAGCCAGCUAGAAGGCCUUACUGACAACUCGUGAUUGGAUUGGCUAUGGCAAUUGUCUAUCAACUGUAUGUGCCAGUUUACUUAAAAUGCACAUAUGCUUGCAUUGUUGAUUCUGAAGGCCUUGGGCAGAUUUGGUACAGCAUGGCAACAUAAGCUAGCUGAAUCCUGAUUGGAUACAAACUCUAAACCUAAAAACAACAGGAGCAUAAUAUGACAUGAAGAGAAUAUGAAUACUUUUAAAUAUUUAGGGAAAAUAAAUUCCAAAAAUACUUUUAUCUUUAAUUAUGAUCAUGAUUUUUAGUCAUGUUAGGCCAGGGCCCUGACGGCACACCACUAACAUCUGAUAUAUCACAUAUUGAUGAACAAAGUUGUUAUGUGCCAGUCAUCUGUGGUAGAUUUUUCUGGAUGGGAAACAAAAAUGUGCACAACAGCCAGUGAGUGUGUUUUUAUGCCAAACAUAUUUUGUGUUAGAGGAACAUUUUUUAAAACCGCUGUGGAGGAAAUAAGCACUUAAAAAACAAAAUACCCUUUGUUGUUAAUUCCUGCUUUAGAGUUGUAUAUUCUGACAGUUUGAGUCAUUGAAUGUGUGCACUUUGAUACAGUUGUAUAUGUUUUCAUAAAGUGAUUGUUGAUCGAC